AGCAAGUAGUGUAGUGUUUCUCUAAUUGAACUUCGCCCAAUCAACAAUAACUCGUUAGCAGUCGCGUUGCUUUUUCUUGCUGCUCGAGGCAGCUUUUUUGUCGCUCGCAAGGAUUCACCCCCCUCCACUCUGUGACUUCCUAAAGAUCUGCAUGGAGCUUGGCAGAGGGACUGCGAAUCUCUGAGGGGGAAUAGCUGCAGUUCGGCUGCCUCUGCAACUCCGCGCCAGGAGCAUGGUUAUUUUGGAGGAAAGCUCUCAUGCGAACUAAGUUGCGAGCUCUAAAAGUGUCAACAUUUAGAGCGAGUCUUCGAUUAACCGACGAAAGGACGCGCUUGUGGACGCUUUGAAAACGACCACUUGAAUGAAAUAAUCAACUUUUUGGGGAAAGCAGCGACUCUUCGGGACUGCGAUGACCUCUAGUAAAGACAUGAAGGCGGGCUCUGUGUUGCAGUCCAGCGGCGAGGAGAGGAGACGGGCUCCGCUGGACCAGCUGCCGCCGCCGGCCAACUCCAACAAGCCUUUAACGCCCUUCAGCAUUGAGGAUAUCCUAAACAAACCGUCGGUAAAGAAGUCGGUGGCCAGGAUCUGUCCGCCGAAGGUCCUGGAGAAAGUCACGGGCUCUAACUCGGCGAGGAACGGGAUCACCACUCCCUCGUCGCCGCUGUGCGCGCUGGAGGAGUUGGCGAGCAAAACAUUCAAGGGUCUGGAAGUCAGUGUGAUCCAGGCAGCAGAAGGUCGCGAGCACGUGAACGCAUUCGGACAGAGGCAGACGUCGAAGAAGAGGAGAAAGUCGCGGACGGCCUUCACGAACCACCAGAUCUACGAGCUGGAGAAGAGGUUCUUGUACCAGAAGUACCUGUCGCCGGCCGACCGUGACCAGAUCGCGCAGCAGCUGGGCCUCUCCAACGCGCAGGUCAUCACCUGGUUCCAGAACCGCAGGGCCAAGCUGAAGCGGGACCUGGAGGAGAUGAAAGCGGACGUGGAGUCGCUGAAGAAGAUCACGCCGCAGACGCUGCAGAAGCUCGUGAGCAUGGAGAACAUUGAGGACGCGCAGGGCGGCGGCUCUGAGCCCAGGUCGCCCAGCGUCUCCCCGACCUCGCAAGGACACCGGGCCUUCCCUCAGUCCCCGUCCUCCUCCAGAGACCAAACCACGGACGAGUUCUCGGAGGACGACGAGGAGAUCGAAGUGGACGAUUGACAGUGAGAGGAGGGCCUGUGGUUUUCAGCAGCAACGACAGAGAAAAAAAAGAGUGUUAUACAGAAAAAAGGGGCAUUUUUUCUUCCCAAACUUUUGCACGGAUAAUGACACAAAAGGAGAAUAUUCACAUUUAAACAUUUCAGGAAAAGUUCUCUCCUCUUCCUCCCACUUCUGCUCCUUGUUUUCGUCCAUUUUUAAUUUAUUGCUGGGACUUUUAAAGCCUGUCGUUUAAAUUUCUCCACAAUAUCUGAGGAAUAUUUGAUUUUCACAGACAGACUUUACUGUGUAAACAUUCUAAUAUUUCACUCUAGUGGAGAGGGAGGGCUGUGUGUGGAAAGUUGUGCAAUUAAUUAUUUUGUUUGCCAUUUAUUCGGAUUUACCAAAUAUUUAAAUGCCCCCCCCCCGUAUUUUUCUGUGCACAGCAGCUCCGCCUCCUGUGUCACUUCAUCAUCAUCAUCACACCUCAAGAUUCUG